GGACCACAGGUUGUCUCAGAGGGAAGCAAUCUGGACAAUCUGUGGAAUAAUAACUCACUUCUUACAUUCCUGUUUGGGUCAGCAUCAGCUGUAUCAAAGCUUUAAGGGACUCGGUCAGAGGAAAUAUUAAAAAAUCAGAGCUGGUUUUAUUUUAUUUUAAUCAACAUUUUGCUGUUUGUCUGCUGAAUCAGUUCCUGGCAACAUGAAGGACCGCCUGGCCCAGCUGAAGGAGAAGAGCGAUCCUGGUGGAGAUGACAUCCAGGUUCCUGUGGAGAGUGAGGCUUUCAUGGACGACUUCUUUGCUCAAAUUGAAGAUAUUCGUACCUGCAUUGACAAGAUUGAUGAGAGCGUGACAGAAAUAAAGAAACUGUACUCCACCAUCCUGUCGGCCCCCACAUCCGACCAAAAAACCCAGGAUGAUGUUGAAACUCUCACCAAUGAGAUUAAAAAGUCAGCCAACAAUGCAAGAAACAAGCUGAAGAGUAUUGAGCGGCAGCUUGAGACGAACACAGAUGAAAGGGCCUCAGCAGACCUCAGGAUACGCAAAUCUCAGCAUGCAAUUCUGGCUAAAAAGUUUGUUGAGGUCAUGACAAAGUACAACGAGGCUCAGGUUGACUUCAGGGAUAAGAGCAAAGGAAGGAUUGCCCGGCAGCUCGAGAUCACGGGGAAGAAAACUACAGAUGAGGAGUUAGAGGAGAUGCUGGAGGGGGGCAAUUCUGCUGUCUUCACUGCUGGGAUUACAGAGUCAAAGAUCAACCAGCAGGCCCUGAAUGAGAUCGAGGCUCGUCAUAAAGACAUCAUGAGGUUGGAGAGCAGCAUUAAAGAGCUCCAUGACAUGUUUGUUGAUAUCGCCAUGCUGGUGGAGAACCAGGGAGGAAUGAUUGACAGAAUAGAGAGCAACAUGGACCAGUCUGUGGGGUUCGUGGAGAGGGCAGUGGCUGACACCAAGAAGGCUGCCAAGUUCCAACAGGAGGCGCGCAGGAAACAAAUGAUGAUCUUCUGCUGCUGCGUGAUUCUGGCCCUCAUCCUCGGCUCCUUUGUCUACAGCUUCUUCAAAUAGAGAUCUCUGUCUGAGGCCACUGAGGCCCACUUCAGCAGGAAACAGGGGAACGCUGUUAAAGGACUCUGCUCAGUGUCGCUCAAUUUAAAGAAAGAAAGGGAAAUACACGGGUAUAAAGCAUUACUUAUUUUUGAUCAAUCAUUUAUAUUUAAUUGUCUUUAUAAGCUUAUGUCAACCUUCCUAACCAGGGGUUGUCUCACCACAG